AGAUGGGGGAGCACGUGGUGAAGCACGGCGACGGCGUGAAGGACGUCGCCUUCGAGGUCGAGGACUGCGACUUCAUCGUGCAGAAAGCCAAGGAGCGCGGAGCAGUGGUUGUGAAGGAACCCUGGGUAGAGGAGGACAAACACGGGAAGGUGAAGUUCGCCGUGAUCCAGACGUACGGUGACACGACUCACACCUUGAUAGAAAAGCUCAACUACAAGGGGCUCUUCCUACCCGGCUACCACGCGCCCCUCUUCAAGGAUCCACUGCUGCCGAAACUACCAAGUGCCAAGCUGAACUUCAUUGACCAUGUUGUGGGGAACCAGCCAGAUCUGCAGAUGGUCCCAGUGGCUGACUGGUACCAGAAGAACCUGCUGUUCCAUCGGUUCUGGUCUGUGGAUGACAAGCAGUUGCACACCGAAUUCAGUGCCCUGCGCUCCAUCGUGGUCACCAACUAUGAAGAGACCAUAAAGAUGCCCAUAAAUGAGCCAGCUGCUGGCAAGAAGAAAUCCCAGAUUCAGGAAUACAUUGACUACUACGGCGGGGCAGGAGUCCAGCACAUUGCACUGAACACCUCCGACAUCAUCACAGCGAUCACCAACCUGAAGCAGCGGGGCAUGCAGUUCAUGGACGUGCCGUCCAGCUACUACCAGAUGCUGCGGGAGAGGCUGAAAACUGCUAAAAUCAAAGUGAAGGAGAACAUCGAUAAGCUGGCGGAACUGAAAAUCCUGGUGGAUUUUGAUGAGAAAGGAUACUUGCUCCAAAUCUUCACUAAACCAGUUCAAGAUAGACCCACGCUUUUCCUGGAGGUCAUCCAGCGGCAUAACCACCAGGGGUUUGGUGCUGGAAACUUCAAGUCUCUGUUUGAAGCUAUAGAAUCUGACCAAGAUGCCAGAGGAAACCUGACUAUCCUGCAUCCCAGCGGGGAGACAAACCUUCUCUAGAGCGUAUGGCUGGGUGAGCAGCGCUGGCAGAAAUGCAGCCUCCACCCUUAGC